CCCUCUGCUGUUCCACACAAGGAGCUCUCUCUGUCUCUCCUCCCUCUCUCUCGUACAGUCACACAAACGUACACACACACAUACACACACAGCGACAGCACUACACACUCACACAUACACAAAGCAACGAGCGGCAGCGGCAGCAUCGGCAGGCACGGGACUAAUGCAGACAGUGGCGGAAGAUGGCUGAUGUGACAGCAGGGCACCCUGAGCCCAGCAGCCUGGCAUCCCCUGCCCUCCCCCAACUGCUCCCUCCUCACACAAUCUAAAUAGAGGGGGGGGGAUCGCCACUUCACUUUCUUGCUCCCCCCUCAUCGGCCAAGACACUUUUACUUCCAGCAGCCAUUUCAUCAGCACAAACUAUACAAAGCAUGGCAGAAAUGGAAAAAGAGGGGAGACCCCCAGAAAAUAAGCGGAGCAGAAAGCCUGCGCACCCGGUGAAAAGGGAGAUCAAUGAGGAGAUGAAGAACUUUGCUGAAAAUACCAUGAAUGAACUUCUUGGCUGGUAUGGCUAUGACAAGGUGGAGCUGAAAGAUGCCGAUGAUAUUGAGUUUAGGAACUAUCAUCCAGAUGGGGAGGGCCGGCAUCAUAUUUCUGUUCUCAAAGAGAAUUCAUUGCCAAAACCAAAACUAUCCGAGGACAGUGUUAUUGCGCCAUUCAAUACAAAUUAUUCAGGGCUUGCUACAGGAAAUGGGCUUGUAGAACUACCAGCAGGGUCAAAGGAUCAUGGAAACAUGCCAAUUGUGGUACCUUUAAUCCCUCCUCCCUUCAUGAAACCACCAGCAGAGGAAGAUGUGUCAAAUGUGCAAAUCAUGUGUGCCUGGUGCCAGAAAGUGGGGAUUAAGCGGUACUCCCUCAGUAUGGGGAGUGAGUUGAAGAGCUUCUGUAGUGAGAAGUGCUUUGCAUCAUGCAGAAGAGCAUACUUCAAGAGAAAUAAGGCUAGAGAUGAAGAUGGACAUGGUGAAACUUUCCCCCAGCAACACUAUGCUAAGGAAACUCCAAGACUUGCCUUCAAGAAUAACUGCGAACUACUUGUAUGCGACUGGUGUAAACAUAUACGGCAUACUAAAGAAUAUCUAGACUUUGGAGAUGGGGAACGAAGGCUUCAGUUCUGCAGCGCAAAAUGUCUAAAUCAAUACAAAAUGGACAUUUUUUACAAAGAAACACAAGCCAACCUUCCAGCUGGACUGUGCAACACAUUACAUCCCCCAGCUGACAGUAAAGCAGAAGGCACUGGGGUACAGCUGCUAACUCCAGAUUCCUGGAAUAUACCGCUGACAGAUGCUCGUAGAAAGGUUCCGUCCCCGGCGUCUGCAGCUGGCCAAGUACAAGGUCCUGGAUCAUCAGCCUCUACCACUGCUUCCCCAUCUGAUGCUGCCAACAUUUCUGCUACAAAAAUUCCCACACCAGUUCCCAAAUCCAUUCCCAUGAAUGACAGUCCAAAUAUUGCACCAGUUCCUAUCCCACCACCUGCCAGUAUUGUGCCUCCCAUGGGCGUACCACCAAGGAGUCCUCCCAUGAUUAUGACUAAUAGAGGACCGGUUCCUCUACCCAUAUUUAUGGAACAGCAAAUGAUACAGCAAAUACGCCCACCUUUUCUACGAGGUCCCCAUUGUUCAAGCCCUAACAGUCCUUUGUCCAAUUCAAUGAUCCCUGGUAUGGGUCCACCUCCAGGUGGUUCGAGAAUUAUGGGUCCUACGUCUAGUCCUAUGCAUAGACCAAUGUUAUCACCUCAUUUUAAUCCACCAAAUACACCAGGCAACCCACCAGGAUUGCUUCCACCACAUCCACCUGGAGGUCCUCUGCCUAGUCUUCCUUUCCCUCCCAUGGGCAUGAUGCCAAAUGGUCCCAUGCAUAUGCCGCAAAUGAUUAAUUUUGGCUUGCCAUCUCUUGCACCUUUAGUGCCACCACCAACUCUUUUAGUGCCAUAUCCUGUUAUUGUUCCUUUACCUGUUCCAAUACCUAUUCCCAUACCUAUUCCACAAAUGGUGGAUUCCAAACCCCCAAAUGACUUCUCCAGCAAUGGUGAAAGCAUCAUUCCAAGUUCAUCAAGUGAUGCACCAGGUGCAAAGCCAAAGGAUAAUUCUGUGUCCCCAAGGGAUUCUAAACAAUGGUCCUUUAAGCCUUCUGAUUCAUCUCCUGGUGGUUCAGGGCAGUCAUCUCACCAGGCUACAGUUGUUCAGGAACAAACAAAAACUGAAGUGGUAGAUUUAACAGUGAGGACAGCAAGCCCAGAAAACAGUAAACUUCGUAUCACUAAUACACUUCAGGUUCCACAGGAUGGAGUCAUAGAUUUAACUGUGGCUCACAGGUCUAGACUUCACAAUGUCAUACAUAGAGCUUUUAAUUCUCCAUUCAAACUUGAAUCUGAACCUAACAGUGUUGUAAACCUAUCUUUCAGUAAUUCUGAUAGAACCAAUUGUAGUGACUGCAUGGAGAAUGGUACUCCUUUGGAGACAAAAGUAUAUCACUCCAGUGACUCUGAAUUUUGUGGUCCAGUGUCGCGGGCCCCCAGCACGCCAGGACUGGAAACCAGUUCAGCAGUUUGUAAUGUCAUUGUAAAUGGUGCAAAGAACACAGAGAGUUCUAAAAACUCUGAGAAAAUACAUGAGCAAAGGAAGACAUUGUUAGAAAAGGAGCCAGUAGUAAGCGAGUUGGAAUCUGUUAAAGAAAACAACUGUGCUUCAAAUUGCCACUCAGAGCUAGAAACCAGCAAGAAGAAUCUUGUGGAUGAGUCCCUAAUACCUGGGGACAAGCAAGAUCCUAAUCUAAAUAACCCAGCUGACGAGGACCAUGCCUAUGCUUUGAGGAUGUUGCCUAAAACAGGUUGUGUUAUCCAACCUGUGCCAAAACCAGCAGAAAAGACUGCGAUGACCCCUUGUAUAAUCUCAACUCCAAUACUCUCCACAGGGACAGAAGACUUGGAGCCACCGCUGAAAAGGAGGUGCCUCCGUAUUCGAAAUCAAAAUAAAUGAAGGAUGCUGGUUAACAGGGUACCUUGCAUGGAAAUGGGAGCAGCGCAAUCUGUCCGUUUACUAAAUGACACCAGCUGGUCCUCUCCCUAUUUAUGUCUGCCUGCCACUGCCUUUGCUGAUCACAAAAUUCCUGCUGUCUCUACCCAUUGUGCCGUCAUGCAAGAAAAGGCAUGCCAUCCACGACUUAUAGGAUGCUGAGCAUUCCUCUUCAUUUAACUUUUCCCUACAGCUACAGUUUCUCACUGAGAGAAAAAAAACAAAAACAGUGGACCAAUUGAUUAUCUCGUCUAUGUCUGUAGGGUUUGGAAGCAUACGACUGGAAUUAUUUGGACUCCUGCAUUUUCAUUGUCUUUAAGAGACUGUUAUUGUUUUGCUGCUACAAUGAGAAUUGUACUUUGCUAUGUAAGGUUUGGAACUGUUCAAAGGGUAAAGGUUUUGUACUGGAGUAGCAACGCUUCAAAGUCAUCUCUCUGUUACCCACGAUGCACUUUUUUUUUUUAAAUUGAAAUGAUUUAAAACCCAAGUUUUAAUGCCUAAUAGUGUACUUUUUUAUUUUAACAAAGGCCACCUUUAUGUGUAAUGCCAUAUUUUCAGUGUUAGAUUAUAAUCCUUCAAAAGAGUGCAGUAGAAGGCAGCAUGAAUAGAUCAUAUUGUGGUUUCUUGUACAGGCUGGAUGGCAAAGAAGAUCUGUAAAUGUUUAUUCUGCUCAAAUUUCCUUUAAAACUCCCUCUAAACUGCACCCCAAUUGGGAACAGAGCGAACGUGUUGAACUAAAGACCAGAAUUCCCUGAGGGGGUAACGCAAUCUGACGGAGGAGGGAGGAGAUAUUUGCUGAGCGUCAUCAGAGAUAUGGGAUGAAAUUUCACCCUCUCUAGAUUUCACUGAUCCAGGAAGCCAGUGAGACAAUCUCUCCACAUACUAGCAGCCCUUUUCCUAUAAUUAAAAUAGUAUGGGCAUACCAGUAACGGAAUAGGGGCCAAGUACAAGGAAUGUUUUUUUUUUUCCACAGACCCCUUUCAAUUGAACCACACCUACCUUUUUUUCCUGCUAUUCUGUAUUUCGUGUUUGUUGACUCCUGUCUGGAUGAAGAAAAAUGUGCAAUUCAGUCCUCAGUCACUGGUACGAGGAUAUAACAGGGUAGAAGUCACAUUAUUAUUAUUAUGUGCACUUGUACAGAUGUAGCCAAGAGUCCAAAAUGGCAGUAGCUUAGAGCUCAUGUGCUGGCACUUAUAUCUGA